GUCCACACAGCUCCUUCCCCAAAAAACUGGCCAUGUUUCGGUUGAGUCGUUUGUUGCGUUUUGCUGCUCCCGAGGGCGUCAAGAACAGGUUGCUGCUGACGCUGUCAUCUCCGUCCGAGUCCAUAUAUCUGCAGCAGCCCAUCGACAGCGUGACGGUGCCAGGCAUCGAGGGCGCCUUCACACUGACCAACAACCACAGCCAGACGGUGUCCAUGCUGGGACCCGGAGUCGUCACCGUCAGGGUCAGCCCCAACGACAAGAAGGACUACUUCCUCUCGGACGGUUUCGUCUUCUUCUCAGCGUAACGCACACACACACGAACAGAUCUGCAGAGAUGGGCAGACAUCUGUGUAUGUAUGCAGGCCGAGCGACGAGAGCGGGUGUUGUGCGGCCGAGGUGGUGGGAGUGGAGGUGGUGCCCACCGACGCGCUCGACAAGGACAAGGCGGCCCAAGUCAUGGCAGACCUACUCGCAGCACCGAAGGACACCGACUGGGACAAGACAAAAGCACUACUCGGGUCAGACUGACAGACUAGACAGACUGACGGACGGUCAGACUUCAUCUGCAGUGCACUGACUGUCUGUCUGUCUGGGCGUCUGUCUUACGUGCAGGCAAACGCUAUGUGCGAACAUCAUCAAGGCGGCGUCUGUGUAGCUGGACGUUGCGCUACUUGUUCUACCUGGAGGGAUGUUUGUUCAUUUCGUUCACGCCAGAGAGGCGAGUCAGUCACCUAGAC